AUGACUCCCGGAGAUGCCUCCGGCGGUAUCACGGAAAAGGGACUUGGAAGCGAUAUCGACCGCUCAGAGUCCAACAACGGAACAAUGGCGAUAGAGUCACUAGACCCCGUGGCAGAGAAGAAGCUCCUGCUCAAGCUCGACGCAUACUUCGUGCCAAUCAUCAUGGUUGUCUACCUCACCUGCUUCCUCGACCGUUCCAAUAUCGGCAACGUCAGGGUCGCGGGUAUGCCCGAGGACAUCGGCGCGUCGACGCAGGAGUACUCGACCGCCAUCUCCAUUUUCUACGCGACCUACGUAGUCUUCGAGCCGCCCUGGACCAUCAUGAUGAAGCGCAUCACCCCUCGCGUCCUGCUCACCGGCCUGUGCAUUGUCUGGUCGCUGGCCACCAUCCUCUCCGGCUUCAUCCACAACAUCGGGGGCCUCUACGCCGUGCGCCUCGUCCUUGGCAUGUGCGAGGCUGGUCUGUUCCCUGCCCUGAACUUAUACUUGACCUUGGUGUAUAAGCGUGAGGAGCAGGCGAAGAGAGUGUCGUAUCUGUUCGUCUGCUCGGCCAUUGCCGGUGCUUUUGGAGGCUUGCUGGCGUAUGCCCUCCUGAAGAUGGACGGGGUCGGUGGUUACGCCGGGUGGAGGUGGGUGUUCAUCGUCGAAGGCAUUGUGAGCAUCCUCAUCGCGCCGAUUCUUUUCUUCGGUCUUCCCAACGACCCCUCGGAAGCGUAUUUCCUAUCGGUCGAGGAGAAGAGGAUGAUGAAGGUCCGUGCUGCACAGAGGGCUCAGUACAUGGGAAGUGAGGAGUUCAGCUGGAAUGAGAUCAAGGUUGAGCUCCGCGAUCCGAAGCUCUACCUGAGCGGCGCCAUCCAGUUUUGCCAGGACAUCCUGCUCUACGGCUUCAGCACCUUCCUCCCCUCCAUCAUCGUCAGCAUGGGCCGCACCAGCAUCGAAGCACAGUACCUCAGCAUCCCCGUCUUCCUCUUCGGCGCCAUUGCCUUCCUGGCGACGGCCUAUGUGUCGGACCGGAUGCUCAUCCGAGGACCCCUCAUCUUCCUGGCCAACAUCCCCGGUAUAAUCGGCUACAUCCUCAUCAUUUGCCCCACGAGCAGUGGCGUCAAGUUCUUCGCCACUUUCCUGUGUGCCAUUGCUGUGUACAACGGCCCCGGCCUCAACCUGACGUGGCUCAACGUCAACGUCGCGCCCCAGUACCGUCGUGCCACGGCCAUUGGUAUGCAGCAGGCCAUCGGCAACUGUGCCGGCAUUGUGGCAGGACAGAUCUACCGGAAAGCGCCUUACCUGCUUGGAAACGCCAUCUCCGUCGGGGCGCUGGGUGUCGCGCAGCUUCUCGUGGUUGCCAAGUGGCUCUACAUUCGCCACUGCAACGAGACGAAGAGGAAGAUUGCGAGCGGGGAGAUUGAAGACAAGCGGAAGGUCAAGACUGGUGACGGGGAGUUGGACUUCCAUUACCACACUUAG